AUGAACUCUUCAGCAUUAAAUUUAAUUCAAUUUUUAGAGAGUUCAAAGAUUCAAGUACCUGGUGGACUUAAAUCAGUUAAAGGUAUUUUAGAUUUUGAUUUUUAUGAUUUAGUAAAGAAUAUUGGUGAAUCAACAUCAAGAGAAGAGGAAGUUCAUAUAAUUCAAAAUGAAAUCAUUAAAUUGAAAAGUUGCUUCUCAAAAGAACAAAGCAAAGAUAAGAAAAGGGAAUGCCUAAUUAGAAUGAUCUAUUGCCAUAUGUUAGGUUACGAUGUACCAUUUGGACAUAUUCAAGCAUUGAAUAUGACACAAGAUUCAGAGAUAUUAAAUAAGAGAACUGGUUAUCUUACACUAUCAUUAUGUUUACCAGAGAGACAUGAACUAUUAAUUAUGGCAGUUAAUUCAAUAUUAAAAGGUUUAAAUUCUUCAAAUUAUUUAGAAGUCUGCUCAGCACUAACAGCAAUGUGUAAAUUAAUUGAUAACGAUACAAUACCGGCUUUCCUUCAAAAGGUAUUGCAAUUAUUAAAUCAUCAAAAACCAAUAGUCAGAAAGAAAUCCGUUACUGUCUUACACAGAUUCUAUAGAUUAGUUGGCGACUCUUUCUUGGAUGACGAUCAAAUCAUUGAUAAACUCAGACAAUCAUUAUGUGAUCGUGACCCUUCAGUAAUGUCUGCUUCAAUUUGUAUCUUUUUAGAUAUUUCUGAAAAACAUUCAACUUUAAAAGAUAAUAACAAUCAAAUUAAUAACAACAACAACAACAAUAAUAGUAAUCAAAUUAAAAAAAAAAAUAAUGAAGAAAUUAAUAGAUCAAAAAAUUUAAUUUCAAUGUUGAAAGAAUUAGUACCAAGUUUUGUUGGAAUUUUAAAACAAGUUGCAGAAGGUAGAUUACCAAAUAGUUAUAUUUAUCAUGGUAUUCAUCAUCCAUGGUUACAAAUUAAUCUAUUGAAAUUAUUAUCAAAUUUAGGAUACCAAGAUAAAGAUUCCUCCAAUCAUAUGUAUACAGUAUUAUUGUUUACAAUGCAACAAUCUCAAAAGUUUAAAAAUAAUGUUGGUUUCGCUAUACUCUAUGAAACUAUUAAAACUCUAACUUUAAUUCACCCAAAUUUACAAUUGAUUGAACAAUGUUCAAAGAAUAUUGCAAUAUUUUUAAAAGGUAAACAUCAUAAUCUUCGUUAUUUCGGUAUCAAAGCAUUGGCAUCAAUUGUUAAAGUUUCACCAAAACUAGUAUUACCUUAUCAAGUUGAAGUCAUUGAAUCAUUAGAAUCACCAGAUGAAACUUUAAAACGUAAAAGUUUUGAUUUACUCUAUAAAAUGACAAAUCAAACUAAUGUAGUACCAGUUUGUUCAAAAUUAAUUGAACAAUUAGUACUCUCAAAAGAUCAAAACUUUAAAUCAGAAUUAAUCUCUCAAAUUACAAAUAUCGCUGAAAAAUAUUCACCAAAUGAUAUUUGGUAUAUUGAUACAAUUUCAACUGUUUUAUCAAUAUUACCAAAUGAAAAUAAUAAAGAUAAUAAUAACAAUAACAAUAAUAAUAAUAAUAAUAAUAAUAAUUAUCAAUUUGCAUAUAAUUUAAUUAGAUUAGUUUCAGAAGAAGACGAUAUUAAAGUUAAACAACAUAUUUCAGAAAUUUAUUUAAAUAAUAUUAUGAUUUCAAAUGAACAACAACAACAACAACAACAAGAGAAUCAAAAUAAUUUACAACAAUUUUCAGAUAUUUAUAUAAAGAUUAUGAGUUGGGUAAUUUCAGAAUAUUCAAAUUUAAUAGUAUCAAAUAAUGGUGUUAUUGAAAGUGAUAUCAUUAGUUAUCUAUGUGACCUUUUAGAGAAAGAUUAUCAAGGUGAGACUAAAUCUUGGAUCAUCAUUGGUAUUGGUAAAUUGGUUGCUCAAUUAGGUAAAUCAUUACCAAUGUUAGAAUUAAUGACAAAGAAAUUUAAAUCUUCAAAAUCUUUAAUUUGUCAACAACGUUCUUCUGAAUUAAAUGAAAUCUUAAAAAAUCCAAAAUCAAUGUCUUUAAUUUUACCAUUAGAUGCUUAUUGUGAAGAUAUUGAUUUUAAUAAAAUAUUUAAUAAAUUUAAUGAUUACUCAAAUAAGGUUGGAGGAAAACAAUAUAUUCCAUAUGAAAAAAGAAAGAAUACACCAUUGGUUGAUAUAUCUGAUGGUAGUUCAUCACAUUCAAAUGAAAAGGGUUUGAACUUUCAAUAUCCUCCACCACCUGAUCCAUUUAAUCCUCAUCAUAACCAACAACAAUUAUACCCAGUUCAUCAACAUCAACCUCCAUCAAAUCAUCAACAACAACAACAACAACAACAACAACAACAACAACAACAACUUCAAUUAUUCCCUCAACAACCUCAACAACCACAACAACUAUUACUUUUGGGUGAAGAUGAUACAAUUAAUUUAAAUAACAAUUCAUUAGUUCCUGUCAAUAAUGAUCAACAAUUACAACCACAUCAACAUCAACAACAACAACAAAAUCAACAACAACAACAACAAAAUCAACAACAACAACAACAGCAAAACCCACAAUAUCCAAAUAAUCAAUUAGUAACAGUUCCUGAUCAAAAUGCUCCAAAACCAAUAGGUUUACCAAAACCAUCAAAGGUAUUAUGGACUAAAAAAGGAUUUGUUGGAAAUAAACAAACUCCACCACAAAAUGCCACACCACAACAACAACAACAACAACAACAACAACAAACUCAAAAUACUUUAUCACAACAACAAAUUCAAAAACAUCAACAAACUCAUAAUAAUAUAGAUCCAGAAAAGGAGAAAUUGGCCAAACAAUUAUUUGGUGGAUUCUCAGAAAAUAAUAAUAGAAAUGAAAAUAGUAAUAAUACUGAUAAUAACCAAAAUAAUGUUGGAAUUACAUCAAAAUUACAAAAUAAAAAAUCAAAUAACGAAAAUAAUAUUAAUAAUAAUAAGAAGGAAUCAUAUUUAGAAGAAUUAAUAGAUUUAUCACCAAAUCUAAUUUCAAAUAUUAAUAUUACCAAUAAUAGUAACAAUAAUAAUAAUAAUAAUAAUAAUAAUAAUAAUAAUAAUAAUAAUAAUAAUAAUAAUAAUAAUAAUAAUAAUAAUAAUUUAUUAUUGGUUGAUGUCGAAGGAGAUGAACAAAAAGAAGUUAAAAAUAGUAGUUGUAGUAGUGGUAAUUCUGAGUUAAUAAAUUUAAAUUUAGAUGAAAACACUACAAAAAAUAUAAAUGGUAAUUUACUAGGAGACGAUCUUGAAGAAUUAAAUAAAAAUUAA